GGCGCGGCCAUGCCGGCGGCUCCCGGGUUCCCAUUGGCGGAGAGCGCCAGUUCCGCCGCGCCCUUCCUGCUUCCGGUUCACGGGGCGGGCGAGAGGAGCCGGCCGGGACGGCGGAGGAGGCCGGUGCCGUCCGCGCCUGCGGCCCCCGGGCCGCCCCGUCACCGCCGGGCGCGCAGCAUGGGACUCCCGAUGUCAUCACUUUGCCAUACCUCUGCUGUGCUGGUAUUCUUUAUGGCCCUUGCUGUGGGUGUAGGGGCUCAACAGUCGAAUGAGAGGAGCUGUGAUGUGAUUGGUGAUGAAAGCAGCGAGUCGCAAAUGGAAAGAGCCCUGCUGAAGAAACUAGAGCCCCUGAGCCAAAUGAGGUUUAACGUGACUGUGGAGAAAGGCAAAACAGAAAACUACGUCUACCAUUUCAGGGUGUGCAGGGAGGUCAACAGCACCUUGCACGAUUUUGGUGGCCUGGUGCAAACAGAUAGACAGAAUGGAAAGACCACAGUGAUAGGAAGAAUCAAUGAAACCCAGGUCUUCAAUGGAAGUGACUGGAUCAUGCUGAUUUAUAAAGGAGGUGAUUCAUAUGGUAGGCACUGCAGCGGUGAGAAGAGAAGAGCUGUGAUAAUGAUUUCUUGCAAGCGGGGAGUUACAGCGAGUUCAUUCAGCAUUAUUUCAGAAGAGCGGGAAAAGGAGCAGGAGUGUUUCUACCUCUUUGAGAUGGACAGCAAUGUGGCAUGUCCAGCUGAGGAUUCCCACCUCAGCGUCGGCUCCAUUCUACUGAUCACGUUUGCUUCACUGAUUGCAGUCUACAUCAUUGGUGGGUUCCUCUACCAGCGCCUUGUAGUGGGAGCAAAGGGCAUGGAGCAGUUUCCCCACUUUGCCUUCUGGCAAGAUCUGGGCAAUUUAGUGGCGGAUGGCUGUGACUUUGUCUGCCGAUCUAAGCCUCGAAACGCACCAGCUGCAUACCGUGGUGUGGGUGAUGACCAGCUUGGUGAGGAAUCAGAAGAACGGGAUGACCACUUGCUACCAAUGUGAUAGGCUUUCAACACUGAGUUCUUUUUCUCCCCAUCUCCCCAGUGCUUGUUUAGCCGGGUGCCUCCUAGCCAGUUCUCCUUCUCUCACUUCUGAUUUUCUUUACACUAUUUGCUUUCGCUGUCUCUGGUGUGUCAAGUCCCAUGGAUGCCUCUGGGUGCAAACAGCACUAGUCCCUGAUGGCAUGUCUUAUGAAUAUAAUGCCGGUUUAGGUUUUUAAAAAAUGGGGCAGAGCUCGGGGGGAAAAGUGCUGAGAGUUGAGUAGAAGACAGCAAGAAAGCAAUAUGAGUGUUCAGCACUGAGCAGGAAUGGGAGAUGAAUCACUGAGAGGAAAAAAGGGCCACGGAUGGAUGCAGAAAGGGAAAGGAAAAGGAGGCCAUGGGUUAAAACAGCUGAGACUGUAGGAGGGAUCUUUUGUGUCUUUUUUUUUUUUCUCCCUUAGGGUUUACAGGAUCUGUAAGACACUGGAAUUAUUCUUCUUUGAAUGCAUUUUUGGCUUUUCUAGCUUCUGCACUGUUACGCACUGUUUCUGCCAGCAUAACCUGCACGGAGCGCUCUACGCCAGGCUCUGUGGGGGUGGAAGAGGCAUUAGCACCUCUGCAGCCUUUUCUUUUCCUAAUGGCAAUACGUUGAAGAGUACACACCAGUUUCCUUCAACAGAUGUAAAGGGAUGCAUGCCAUCCUCUCAGACUGGAGAGGGGCAAUGCUAAAAAACUAUAGGAGUUAAAUAUGGUCUCAUGACUUUCCAGUUCAGUCAAAAUAUUGUCUCAGUCUUCUCAAUCGUUGAGAAGCAAAAGGAAAUGACGUGCUGCUAAGUAAAGGGAACAUUUGCUGAAACUGCAACUGAUACCAAGGCAAAAUGAGAUAGGUAGCUUCCACUUGAGUUCUGUUACAAGCUUCCCCAGGUGAUUGCCCACACAGCUCAGUCACUGUCAGCAUUGUGAUUUCAUGCUCUCCAGGAGUUCCUUGUUUGGCAGAGGGUUUUCCUGUGAAGCUACCAGAAUUUAUUUUUAUAAAAAAGGAACCAUAGAAGCCAAGGGUAAGAAUGAAAACACAUUAAAAACCUGCAUAAGGGACUCUUGUACUUACAGGGUCAGCUUUCAUAAAUCACUGUCCCCUUAAGCAUGGUGCAGACUGCUCUUAAGACACUUGCCCUGUGCAGAUGGUACUUACAUACUGCUACUGGCUGGGAGUGAGGGAGACCUCCUGGGGCCCUAGUGAAAAGCAGGUACAACUGAGUUGUAAGACUUAAUGGGAACCUUCAGGAACUUGGCACCUUGAUUCCUAACUGCUUUUUAUGUGAGGGGCUACACUCCAAGCAAUCCCAUUCUGCCCUACUGUAGACUGGCAGAGAACCGUCCUCAGUCUUGAGGGCAGAGACUGUGAAUAAGCAAGCCACUACUGUUAACAGCAGAGUACGGACAAGGUUUGUGUAUUUUUAAUACUGCCAAAGCAGUCUGAACAGUGACACUGAGGGAAAAGGGGUGACCCUGCUUUCUUGCUGGGUUUAGAGUGGGCAAACAAUUCCUGCUUUCUUUGACUUUUGUUAUGGUCUCAAUCUUUCUCAUAACAUGGGAAAAAUAGGAAGUCACUAAGUCCGUUGUUACUGUUUUUCAUGGUGGUGUUUAAGGUAAUUUUUUUUGUACAAAACACAACUUUCAAAAAUAAAAUGACAAAAAAAAACCUGGUGAAGCAUUGUGCUGAUUUAACAGGAGCUUUCUUUGGUGCCAGAGCACCUUACUUAGGUGAAGGGUCCUUAGUGUUUGGUGGCUUAUGCCUGAACUACGUUUGCCAGGACUGGAUCUCUUCUUGUUAGUACAUGUUUUUUGCUGUCACCUUGUAUCACUCCAGUUCCCUUAGAGCUUAAGGAGGGAUAUACACAUCUUUCAAAAGUGAAACUUUAAAAGCUCAGGUAGUUAUGAAUGGGGAAGGAUUCCUAUGCUCUGUAUUUUUCUUCAACAAUAAAAAUCAAAACUAA